AUGAGAGCAACCAAACUUCAAUCGGCAGAUGGAAGAAACCAUGGAAACUGCGAAAAAAAGGCACUGCCCCGUCGUCACCUCCAGCAACUGCAGCUUCAUACAGAGUUCCUCGUGCAAAGCUGGAUGCCAGCUCUGAUACAACCUUCACCGAGAAUACCAAAACCACGCUCAACCAGAAAACCCAAGCCAACUUCAUCCGCAGCCCCUUCAAUAUCUUCCCUUGAGUUGAGAUCGAGAACCCCGUCCUCACACUCACAGACGGAGACGCAGAAAUACUUGUUGAUUCUUUAUCAAAAACCCUCACCCAAAACACCCAAAUCAUCCUCAACCCGAAAACGCAAAUCGACUUCAUCUGCGAUCCCUCCAACCCCCUCCUCCGGAAUCGAGAAUCCCUUCCUCACAGGCGGCACAUUGUCGUUGGAAGAACAAUUGGAUCACAGUCGGAGAGAGUCGGAAAAGAUGAUGGAUGAGGGACUAAACUAA